AUGUCAAACUUCGGUGACGUCGGCAUGUUGAUGCCGAAUCGUCCUCCAACAACCGAUAUGAGAACGAGAACACCUUGUGAGUGGCAGCCGGUGCUGGACUGCACCCACCGGCCAUCUGUGGACGACCCCAAAAAUAUGGCUUCCCUCAUUGGAGGACUGUCUUUCGAAAGUUUUGUGCGCCGUGGUCCUGUGGACCGUGCACCACCGGGAAUCACUGUCCGCAUCCACGUGGAAGAAUCGAGAAACACGAAAACGUCGUGUGGUGUUUUGGUGCGUGACGGUGAGAGUGCGCACAGUGUGGCGUUCGGGUCUCCGAUGGAUGAAACCCGUACACCCCAACAAGAAGGACAACGUACAAUACCAAACAUGCCUACGUCGUUUACAAUGAACCCCGCACGGAGUCGACAUGGACAGCUGCACCGUUCUAGCGUGAGAAAAGCGCUUCUUCCGUUGCUGGUGUCGAUGGUGCACGCGGGUCGAUUGCCGUUGGGAAUUCUCCUUUCGUCGCCGUCGGCUUUUUCGGAAAUAAGAACGAAUAGUGAAUCAGCGUUAGGCACAGUACGGCACCAGUUACACAACGAAGCCUUUGGUGGGUCCGGAGACCAAACGCGGUUCAGAUAUCCGGGUCGAAAAGGACCGCUUUGCGCUGUCACCAAGUUGCGAGGAGGUGAUGUUUCCGACGGGGAAGACGAAUCUUACGACAGUGACGGGGAAGAUACCAAUGAUUCGGAUGAAGAGGAGGAAGCUGAGAUUGCCGCGGUACCGGAGUCUCGAGAUCCACAAAGCGAACCAGAAGACGAAUCCGAGGCCCAUCCUUUAUCUUCGGUCAUUUCUAUGGAACCGGUACCAAUCACCAUCAAAACAUCGUUAGGUACCAAGGCUCUAGACCACAUAGUAGAGCUGACGGUACAUCGCUCGAGGAAUAUUGCUUCGCUUAAACUGAGUGCUAGUCGCCAGCUACCAGGACGGCCACCAGUUUCUGUGAUGCACAUGUUGCUCAACGGAAAAGUAUUGAGUGACGAAAUGCUACUGGACGAGUUGAUUGAUGACGACGACGAGAAAGACGAUACCGACGGUACUGGUAGUGAAAGCCAGCUCACUUUAACGUUGGAUAUGCUACCACCUGUCGAUCCCAAAUUUGUCGGCCAACUAGAGUCACAAAUGAAGGAUAUGACCACCGCAGAGCUGUUGGGAACAUUCGCUGCCAAUGAGGCUGCAUUGUACCAGAACGCGGCACUCUUGCUUGCCGAGCAAAUGGAGCCAGUAUACGACGAUGAUCAAGUGGAGGUAGGCAUUUCCGAGGUGGCGACACACCCACCGCCGCUCGUGAACGUGCAAGUUCGCGAGCAAGCAGCACGCAUCCGUCGAGACUUGGAAAGUAAAAUCUUGGCUUCGGAGCACUCGCAAAAGAUUCUCGCUGACCCUUUGCCCCCUUCCGCCAAACUAGCAGAUCUACAACGUGUCGAGCGUCGUGGCCAACGGGUUCGACGAGUCGCGGGAUCGGGUGGCGUAACGACCGGCUUGAAACGAUCGAUUCAAAAAAAUCUGAACGUACACUGGGGUGACGCUAUACGGAAUUUUUGUCUCUUUUUGUUCUUUGGAUACUUUGGUGGGCGUACACCCGUAAGUCGGGCUAUUCUGUUGCUGGGUGCACCAAGCGUCUUUGUGCUACAGGCACGGCCCGUCAAACUGUGGAUCAAAUGUCUCAUGUACGCAAUGCUCGACCAUCCGCCUGGAAUUUUCUUGAGUUUGCUGCCCGCCCCCCAACAGGCCAUUUUGAGUCUGAAUGUGGGCGAGGAAAUGAAAACUAUUUAUGGUAAUACACUGACCAACACGGUGGUGAACGAGGUUGAUGCAGAGCCGGAAGAACUGGCAGACCUGUACGAAAUGACCGACGUAAUAAUUGACGGCGAAGAUGAUGACGAGUUCUAUGCUGUCGACGAAUACGAAAGUAGCUAUGAUGAUGACGACGAGUAAUUAUGUAUACUAAUUGCUGUUUCGAAAUCGCU